AUGAGCCCCCGCCGCCGUCCCCCGCUGCUCCUCCUCGCCGCCGUCGCCGUCGCCUGCGCCUGCGCCGCCGCCCGCCCCUGCGCGGCCCUCGUCCGCCUCGGUGCCGCCUCCUUCCUCGACGCCCCCGCGCGCUUCGGGCCCCGGGUGACCGGCGACGGGAUAUGCGGGUCGCUGCGCGCCGCGGAGCCCGCCGACGCGUGCGCGCCCGUCCGGGGCGCCCCCGGCGGGAGCGGCGGGAUGGCGUUCGUGCUCAUCGCGCGCGGGAACUGCAGCUUCGAGGGCAAGGUGCGGGCGGCGCAGCGGGCCGGCUUCGACGCCGCGCUCGUCCACGACGACGAGGACAAGGCCAGCCUCUACUCCAGAGAUGCGCACUUGGUGAAUGGAUUUGGCUUCCGCUGCCUGCCAAGUUAUGAUUCAAAGCACACAGUUGGACUCGGCGUGGUUGGCGAUCCUGAGGGCAUACACAUACCUGCGGUAUUCGUAUCCAAAAUGGCUGGGGAAACCUUGAAGAAGUUUGCCAGAGGUGAAGAUGGGGAAUGCUGUAUAAACUCGUCGAUGGAUGAGACUGCAGGGACAGUGUUGGUGAUGUCGUUCGUAUCACUUGUUGUCAUCAUAUCAGUUGUAGCUUCAUUUCUUUUCGCUCGGAACUGCCGACUUUUACGCAAUGGAGUUGAUAAUCGCCCACCUUACAUCAAGAAGCAUGUGGUGGAAAAGCUUCCUUCUGUGGUAUAUAAAGCUCCCUGCUCAAGUGGCAACAAUUGUGAAGAAGCCUGUGCCAUUUGUUUAGAAGACUAUGAUAAUGGUGACAUGCUUAGACUUCUCCCAUGCAAACAUGAGUUUCAUGUGGAGUGUAUUGAUCCCUGGCUGACAAAGUGGGGCACAUUUUGCCCGGUAUGCAAACUUGAGGUACUCACAGGUGGAUAA